GGUCAAGGUCUAGUAACCAGCGACACCAUGGCGUCUAAGAAAUCGAGGCUGGAUCUCCUGCUUCGAGUCAGGUAUCUGAAUCCCAUACCACAGCCACCGUUUCCACCCAAAUUGUUCAACCUUUCUACAAAUGUGAAUCGACUCGGCGAGCCUAGCUACCUGGAUGAUUUGGUCUCGAGUACUCCUCUGCCAAUGCUAGUUGACUCUGAGAUGGGCAUGCCGGUCGAUCUCAACGUGUAUGAGAGAGUCUGGAACGGGAACGACGAGGAGCUUGGACUUGCUGAAACUCAAGACCUUGCAGCGGAGGAUCUGGCUCUGAUUGCUCCUUUCGAAGACGUCAAGCCUCAGAUCAACGGAUCUGGCUCUGCUGCCGGAUCUACGGACGUGACCUGGAUGCGAAACUCGGCGUUGUUCACCCGGAAGGCUGUCUCCGGUAGCAAGUCGUUGACCGCCAUUGCCAAAGACGAGGAAGUGGACGCUUCGACUGCAGCGCAAAUCAUGUCGAUCGAGCAGACGUUCUCAGAGUUCGAUAGCCAAGACGUCACUCAACUGAAACAUCCUGAUCCGAAAAGAUCCAGACUGAGGGUCGUCGAGCAAUACGAGAUACUGCCUGAAGACGAAGCUUGGUCCAACUCGUACAUAAUGAUGAGAUACCCUGAAAGGCCAACAGCGUCUACCUCUGCGAAUCCGCACGCUGAAGCGUCUUCAUCUCGCUUGAAUCGUGCGGUCCUACGGCCCGUCAUGGAGGAUGAUCAGCAGAUCAUGCAGUUCUUGCUGCCGGAGGAAGACACUCUGCCGAGAUUAGAGCAUUCAUUCGUUGACCCAAUCGGCAAUGAAUCAUACGAGCAGAUGAAGGAGCUCACCAUGAACGAUCCCAAUGACCCGCAAAUUGAUUCGGUCUUCCCUAGCGCUCUCUACGACCAAAUUCGGACCUAUGAGGUUGUUUCCCAAACUCGACCUCAGAAGGAGGUCUUGAUCACGAUUGUUGAGGCCGGGGACCCUGCGAAAGCCCAGGGGGCCUACUACAAAGAGAUCGGAACGAGAGCGCAGCUCAGAAAGACUCGGGCAAAGCGGCAAGGGGAAGGCGACGAGACACAGGAACCGUUAUGGGACAAGAGUCGUGUCGGAUUCAGACACCCUCAUGAGGAUUUGAUAUCGCAGCGUGCUACAGCACAAGCAAUGGUAUCAGAUCCUGGUUGGAUCGAGGCUCAACUUCGAGGCCUCGGAGAUGGUGACAAUGAGGCAGUGGGCCAAGGAGAAGCCAUUAAGGAAGACGAUUGAGAU